AUGUUUGCAGAUAAAGAUUCCUUGGCGAUGCACGUGAUGUCACACCAUAAUAAUGGAGUGUCAUCUUUCACACAAAGUCAAAAUCGGCAUACCAAUGAAAAAUCAAACUCGAUAGCCAUGCGAAUGCCGACAUCGUUUGUUCGUCUGCUUCAAGGCUCAAAAGAGGACAGCAUUCAAACAAAGAUGGAAAACAAGAAGCUUUGGUGUGAGUAUUGCAAAUUAGAAUUUGUAGAUCACGAUUCUCUGGCUAUGCAUAUCUUGAACCACACUUUAUCCGAAGUGAAUGGAAAAGAAAAGAAAGAACACACAUUGAUAACAACAGAAAAUAAACGAUUGACUUUUGGGGAUUCCAAAGAAAGGAACUGCAUGAAAGAGGUCAUUGAUUCACCAUUGAACCUGGUCACAAGCAGAGAGAGUUUGGUUUCGAGUAUCAGUUUACAGCAAAAUGAUGAAAUUGAACAUACUGAAUAUUCAAAGCACAAAGAGGAUGCAGACAAUGACCAGGAUGCAACAGAUAAAGGAAAGAAACUCUCCAAAAUCACUCUCUCAAUGCAAAGAAGUGUCAGCGUUCCAGAUAUGAGAAACACAUUUAAAGAUGUCCCCCAUCGCCCGGCUUCUGCUGAGGGAAUGGAGAGAAAUUACGAAUACCUAUUAAGUGACACCCCUCUAGAUUGCUAUUCGGACGAAAAAUCCGCAGCAGAAUCCCCGUCCGACGAUUCGAGGAAAUCCCAAGAUGCUGUAAAGCCUAGGGACGAUAAAAUUCCCCUCUCAGACUUGAACGAGGCCAAGAAGCAGACGUUUAUUGCAACCGACGAAUUCAGCAACCCUCAAGAACUUCUGAAACACAUUGAUAAGCCUGUUUAUUUUUGCCGAUUUUGCGACGUCAUUUUCCUUAACCGCACGAUGUUUUACCUGCACAAGGGCCUCCACAACGUCAACAACCCGUGGCAGUGCAACAUGUGUGGACAACUGUAUACUAACGUUCAUGACUUUUCUGCACAUGUAAUUCACCCUUGA